UCACAGCGGCAUCCCCGUCCUCGCCGUGCCCGCAAGCGUCUCCUCCGCCGCCAGCGCGACGAACAGGCGCAGCCUCGGCCUCGUGCAACCCCGACAACCGGGCGGCGCAGAUCCGCAGUACUCGGAGCCAGGUCCCAGUGCAGCAGCGGCCCUCCUCCUCUCGGUAGGUGGCGGCGGCGCAUCUGCUGGUCCGGCGCGGACCGGGUGGUACAGACCCAGCCCGCGGCCCAGCCUGUCGUCGGAGCGCAUGCACAGUGCCGUCUUGAGCGACACCAGGGCCGCCGGGAGGGUGCAGGCGCCGGCCUUGUGGUACGCGUCCAGCACGCCCUGGACCUUCGGGCACCACCUGCGCGCCGUGGCCUGGGCCGCCUGGCACGUGUGCGGCGGGAGGACCGCCACGUCCCUGUCGCGGAGGAUCAGGACGUCUCGGGCGCCGGGGUCGGGCGCGACCUGGCCCGUCGCGCUGACGGGUCGGAAGCAGUGCCGAGAUGUGAGCGACGCCGUCGAGUAGCGGCUCAUCGCGAACUCCCUCGUCUCGUAGCUGACACCAAGCAGGGGGGUUGCCCACCGUCGGCGGAGGUUGUAUAUCUCGGUGCUUGGGGCGCAGUUGGCGUCGUGCGAUCCGGGAAUGCACACCCUCAGCAGGAGGGCCCGGUUCUCGGGGCACUGGUCGAAGGCGAAUCCCCAGAUCUUAAGCCGGAGCUCCGCGGGGAGACUCAUGAUGGGCGGGCAAGACGGCGGGUCGGAUCCGCCCCACAGAUCGCCGAGGCGGGUCCACGCAAGUCGGACCUUCCGACGCUUGGCGGCUAUGGAGCGAACGGAGUUCUCGAUCCCUGCGGUGAAGGCGGCGUAUAUUCUGUCCCAGCGAACGGGGUUUCCGACCCUUGCGGCCAGGGUGGUGUAAAACCUGUCCCAAACGCUGGCCCAAACCUUGGCCCAGCGAUCCCAGCAAUCUCAGCGAAAGAUGUGGUGGUUCAAGCACGGGCAGCGACUUUGAAGGAGGUAAUGCAUCACGCUGUGACCUGCCCAGAGCCCAGCGCACACAACGAGGGUGAAUACCAACCCAGGCAGGGCGUCGAUUAAGGCCCAGACCAUUGUGUGCUCCUGUCCUAGGCCCUUGAAUGUCGUGAGCCCUGAAUAUUUGCCAGACGGAAUGAGACCGUGAAGGCGGAGCAAAAUAACCUCAGGGGACGGCAUUCUCCGAGGCCAAAGUGUGUAUAGAAGACACUUUAGGGCGGUGACAAUAAAUUUGGUGGGUAUUGAGGAUGAAGAUAUGGCAACAGGGCCUCUCAAGUUGUGUUCAUCAAAUCCGUCGAAGAUCCUAGGGAGAG